AUGGCAAAGACUAAAUUUGGAAGAAGCCCAUCCAUCAGGAGCCGAAAGUUCACCUCAUCGGAGGUCGAGUUCCCGUCUAAGGAAUAUGAAAUCAAACACGCACCCAACCCUUGUACAAAAGAAAUUGCAGUUCGACAAGAAAUUGGGUCGAUCGAAAAAAAAAAGUCACCAGAUUUAGAUUUCGAGGAUGAAAUUCAAGCCAAAUAUUCCAAGGUCGGGGCAAUUUCAACGGGUCCAAUUCCUUCCGAUCAGCUCCUUGGUGUGAUUGAAACUGCCGCCAAGACUGGUGCUCAGGUCAUAAUGGAGGCAGUGAAUAAACCUCGGAACAUUACCUACAAAAUAGGACUCUCUGAUUUGGUGACUGAAACAGAUAAAAUGAGUGAGGCUGCUAUUCUAGAUGUUGUGAGAAAGAAUUUCCCGGACCACCUAAUUCUUGGUGAAGAAGGUGGAAUCAUAGGAGAUACUUCUUCAGAUUAUCUUUGGUGCAUUGAUCCCCUAGAUGGCACCACAAAUUUCGCUCAUUGCUAUCCGAGCUUUGCCGUUUCCAUUGGAGUCCUUUACAAAGGAAAACCAGCUGUGGCCUCUGUGGUGGAGUUUGUCGGUGGACCUAAAUGUUGGAAUACUCGGACUUUUACUGCAGCUGCUGGUAAUGGUGCAUUCUGCAACGGAGACAAAAUUCAUGCAAGUCAAACCGAUAAGGUCGAACAGUCGCUUUUAGUUACUGGGUUUGGAUAUGAGCAUGAUGAUGCAUGGGCAACCAAUAUCGAACUUUUCAAGGAAUUCACUGAUAUCAGUCGGGGUGUAAGGAGACUCGGUGCUGCAGCAGUCGAUAUGUGUCAUGUGGCCCUAGGAAUUGUCGAAGGCUAUUGGGAGUAUCGUCUCAAGCCUUGGGAUAUGGCUGCUGGUGUUUUGAUUGUUGAAGAGGCUGGGGGAUCGGUUUCUUGCAUGGACGGUAGCAAAUUUUGCGUUUUUGAUAGAUCUGUAUUAGUAUCCAAUGGAGUUCUUCAUAAUAAGCUUCUUGAGAGAAUUGGUCCAGCAACUGAGAAAUUGAAGGACAAAGGGAUCGAUUUUUCACUGUGGUACAAGCCUGAAAAUUAUUUUACAGAACUUUGA